AUGAGAACCAAAUCACCCCUGAACUUGUUCUUCUUACUGGCACUAACAAUAACUUCCUCUCUCCUAAUUACGUCGUCGUCGGCUUUUCAAUCCGACGAGCUCCUCAUAGACGACGAAGAGUUCGGGCUCGAAGGGGGCAAAUCCCCUGAUCUCGAUAUCAGCAUACCAACCAGAUCCACUCCUACUCCACAACCGAACCGGAAAAAAUCUUCGGAUUCGGAUUCGGAUUCCAAGGUCCAGUUCCAUCUGGAGCACGCCUUCGGUGACUCCGAUUUCUCUCCUGCCGGAACCUUCACUGCUCGCCUCAAGACUUGGUCUCACGGCGGACAGACACUCACGAAACUUCGGUUCUCAAGGAAUGGUUUUGGUGAAACCGAGAAGGAGCAGUUCAAAAAAUUACUGGAAGGCGAUGAGUUCUAUAGGAUAAAAGUACCGUCCAAUGUAUUGAGUCCUCCCGGGAGGGACUUUAUUAUCUCCUCGGUGAAAGCAGUAAGUGUUCUUUAG